GCAUCUAUUGUUGUGGAUGUGACACCAGGAAAGUAUUAAAAUAUUAAAGGCCGGGCUCAUUCUAAUCAGCUUAGCACCUCUCCCAUCAUGGAGUCUCCUAUCCGCUCUCCAUUUAGCGGCCUUCCCGUUGAGAUCGCUACCAUCAUCUUCGAAUAUGCAGCCGAGCCGACGUUUUCCCAAAGGGAAAAAUAUGACGAUAAAACUCCCUAUUCAACGGCGCUCUCCCUAUGUCUCGUCUCUCGACUUGUGAGACGCAUCGUCCUCCCCGAACUCCUGCAUACGAUCUUACUCCGCCGACGUUAUGACGUGAAAAAGUUCGUAAAUGCUCUGCUUAUGCAGAAAGCAUAUGCGCAGAAACAAAGCGACCUUUUCUUUGACUAUACAUCUGCUGUGCAGAGGAUGUGGAUUAGUGACUUCUUUGACCAUUCCCCCAAUGCACAGAGGGCGAUGGUUAACCACUUCUUUCUACGACAUCCCUUACAAGAGCCUGAAUUCGAGCUGGACAUGAGCGUACUGGUUCCGGUAAUCCUCGCUGCACCGGCACUUGCGAUUGACGUCUACCAUUUAAAGCUUAUUGUUCAGAGCGUGGAAGAUGCGUGGACCUCCCGCGCAGAUGCCAAUAUCGACCAUGAACACUCCCCCUUUCCCAGUAAAACACAAAAUCUGACGAUAAUUCGUCACAGCAGCAACUGGAAGAUCUUUGAAAACAUUCCGAAAGGAUGUGCUUUCCUCGCACCAAUCACCCAGCUCACCUUCCUGACCGAUUUGGAUGAGGAAUCAAACACUUUUCGCGACAUCAGCAGGGGUUUAAAAUCCCCCGAACUCUCGCUGUGUGAUUGGAUGAAAGAUAUUCCAUGGGCUCGUAUGAAGAGCCUUGAAGCCGUUUCAGCAGCCUACCCGCAUAUGGCUGCCCCCUUCAGCAUGCGUUCAUAUAUCGAUCCUACGAGGGGACUAGACUUGCAUGUGGAGCGACUCACGGUGUCUGCUCCCCUGUACAGGCAGGACCCUCAAUUCUUCCCUUGGGCAACCCCGCCAUUUUCUAUAACGGAUCCUGGAAAGAAGAGGGUGGAAUCGGAUGGUCUUUCCUUCGAGGUUACGCGUGAUCAGACCCACUUUUGCCGGUUUUUUUGCUCGUGGGAUAGAGCUUGGGCCUCCGGGUUAACUUUCAACGAUCGGUCUUUCUUACUGUACAAUUACUAUAGACUUCUCAUACCCAAUGCAUGGGACGGAGACUUGAUGAUUCAUGAGCCAUGAGCUACAGCAUGAUCUCCGUUCCAGAUCAUCGAAUCGACCCAAUGAACGCCUUGUCAAGUGAACAAGGGAUAGACUGUCGGAGGACAAAGUGAACAAUAGAAGAGAGUCAUGUAAAAAAAACUGGACUGGGCCUGUGGACCAUGCAUGAGACUAAUUUUUUUAUUCGAGGUUGUGUUCAUGAUCUACGCCAAUAACGAAACUCGAGUAGGGCCCGUAGCCUGGCUUUGCAGACCACUGAGUUUGCUUCUGGGACAUUUGACUGGAAGGCGCGGAAGCGCUAGAUGGAUCGCUCUUUCUCAAGGCCACGAGAUCAACUAGGAAUAUAUGGGCGAGACCACGGGACAAGAAGGGUUUCCUGCGAGGGAUCAAACAUAUUGAUGGUCCGACAUCACCAAAGAUACACAGCAACGUCCAUUA